AUGAGACCACUAGGUGGUCAAUUUGUUACUAUUUAUGGUGAUAAUUUAGACAAUUCUCACUCGAGUAGCGACUCCAAUUCUCAUAGUUCUGGUAGUGGCUCUAGUAGCAGCAGCUCACUAAGCUCAAAUUCUGAUUCCGAGUCAGAUAGUGAUUCAGACUAUAUCUUUAGUAGUACUGAUGAAGAUAGUGAUGAAUCUGAAGAAAAUGAGUUAGAAGAUGAAGAAGCAACUACUGUUAUUCGUAACUCGAUGUAUCGGUAUCAACCAGAAAAUCUACGCAUGCAGUUCCAAGAGCGAAUUUUAGACAUAAAAAACUUAAACCAGGUUGUAACGUUCAAUACAUUUGUUCUACUAUGCCAAGGGCUCGAUGAAUAUGCACUCCUAGAGGCAAUGUUUGCAGGCAUUGUUGUUGAAGAUGAGGACAACCUACUGGUUGCUGUUAAACCAUCUAAUAGCCGCCAAGUAGACCUGAAUUUCUAUUAUGAUAUUGACUCAAUGGAUUUCCAGACAAAAAUAAUACCUGCAGCCGGUCCAUUUUCAAUAACCCUUCGUCCGCAUAAAUACAAGAUUAAAUAA